GGGGUGGUUGCGACCAGCUGCUCUUCUGGCCCUCUACGGGUGCAUACCCAGCUUCCCGCAACACGUGAAUUUUAACUAUCAAGGUCUCAAAUAAUUUCUUUGUCAUUCGCACAUCGCACACCUUUUCUGAGACUUCAUUUACGUCCACCAAACUGGAUCAUCAUCUUGGCCAAUAUAGGACCAGCGGGAAAAGAAAGAAUGUCGGAUCAUUUCGAUUAUAUUGUUGUUGGCGGCGGCCUGGCAGGUUUGACUGUAGCUUCCCGGUUAUCAGAAAACUCAAAGUUGACGGUCCUCGUGCUCGAAGCCGGUGGCACUGGGAUAGGUAAUCCAGGAAUAAGUAUUCCAGGCUUAAUAACCACUACUCUGGGUACAGAAAUUGACUGGAAGUAUUCCACAAUUCCACAAGAGGGUGCCAAUCACCGAGAAAUAUCCUACCCCCGCGGAAAGGUCCUGGGUGGCUCGUCAGCUUUGAAUUUUAUCAUCAGUACCAGGGCGGAAGCGGAUGACUAUAACACAAUUGAACGGCUGGGAAAUCCAGGAUGGGGAUGGUCAGAGAUUGAUAGGGCUUCAAAGAAGAGUGAAAAAUUGAUCACUCCUCCAGUUGAUUCAGGUUAUAUUUUCAAUUCCAAGAACCACGGGACGGAUGGCCCAGUUACAAAUUCCUUCCCUAAAUACAUCCCGCCGCACUUCAAGCCAUAUCUUUGCGCUUCAGCUUCAGCCGGCCAUGUAAUUCAAAAUGAUGACCCUUUUGGCGGAAAAUUGGAGGGAGCUUACAUUUUCCCUUCAGCCAUUGACUCUAACGGAUCCCGUGUGACAAGUGCUACAGCUUAUUAUAUUCCAAACCAAUCACGCUCUAAUCUAGUAGUGAGAACUGAUUGCGAGGUGAACAGACUUAUUCUCCAGGAAAAUGACAGUAGAUCAGGUAUAAAAGUCCUUGGAGUCGAGUAUUUGAGUGAUGGAACCCUUUCCCGUGUUAUGGCCAAGAAAGAAGUGAUAAUGAGUGCUGGAUCUAUCGGAAGUCCUGCGAUCCUUGAAAGAAGUGGAAUUGGCAAAGAAAGUGUCUUAAAACCCUUAAACAUUCCAAUAACGCUUAACCUUGAGGGUGUCGGCUCGAAUCUUUCAGAUCAUUUGUUUGUAUUAGCAACUUACAGACUCAAGCCUGGUCACAGAACCGUAGAUGAUCUGUCUAGAGACCCCCAAUAUGCUUCCGAGCAAAGGUUGAUCUACGAGCAGUCAGGCGGCGGCUUAUACAGCCAUGCCGUUUCAAUCCUUGACUUUCAGUCCUUGAAAUCGAUAGUCAAUGAAGAUGAGAUGCAGCAAGGACUGAAGCUUCUGGAGCAAUGCCCAAGCUAUAUGACUUCCAAGCAAUUUCAAGCCGUUGUCGAUCGAAUUAAGAAUGGAGUGGUAAUAGAAUUCUUCUUACUCAACGCUUUCUUGGAGUUCGAUGUUCCCGCGAACAGGGACACGUCAUAUUUGACUGUCGGAGUAAUACUCCAACAUCCCUUGUCGCGCGGCUCAUCUCACAUCAAGAGUCAAGAUCCCAGUGCAGCGCCUUUAAUAGAUCCACAAUACUUGAUGCAUCCUUUUGAUGCUUGGUUAAUGGUUCAGGGUGCAAAACAUACUAGAACAAUAAUGGGACAAGAAGCCUAUAAGGAUAUCAUCGUCGACGAGCAUUAUCCUGGACCAUCGGUCAAGACCAACGAGGAGUGGGAGAAGAGUAUCAGGAGUAGGCUCUCGACUUCGUAUCACCCAUUUGGAACUUGUUCGAUGCUUCCGCAAGAUCAAUUGGGGGUUGUUGAUCCCCAGCUGAGGGUAUAUGGCACUCAAAAUUUGAGAGUGGUGGAUGCCAGUAUUUUGCCAAUCCAGCUUAGUGCUCAUCCAGCCAUGACAGUUUACGCAAUUGCAGAAAAAGCAGCCGAAAUGAUCCUGAAUAAGAACUGAUCAACAUACCUUGGCCGAUUGAUAAAAUCUUAUCACAUGGAUCAGGGUGUGACUGCUACAAGACUGCUUGGAUGUGGUUCAGGGGGAAGCCAAUUCAGAACAGCACCAAUUGAAUUUCAUUUCUAAUAAUUUAUUUCAUCAACUAUGUGUUGGAUGAGUAGGCUUGGAAGAGAUGAUGAUUUUCAUUACAGCAGUGAUGGAAAUCAAAUAUAUAAUCUAGAUACUAUCUGUGACAUGUGUUACAGUCGAGACUUAGACUAAUGUCACAACACUAUGCUGCAUAAAGGGCUUCUUGUACACUAGAGAUUGAUAGCAUGCCACAGGUGUUUGUAUGAGGUUUGUGUCUGAGCAAGGUAAUGCUCAAUUCUCCAAGGUUUAUCUUAUGCAGCAAUCCAUUUACUCUUCUCAAUAAGUCAGAGUGUAAUAGUCUAUUCUCAAGACCAUCAAUUUCACUAAAAUAAAAUUAUUACUAUUUUUGUUCCUCCCAUGGCAAUUUGAUGGAGCGGUUAUCAAACAGCACCUUGACUGCCUUUA